GCCUCUAAACACGGCGACCUUGACGAACUUAAGUCGACAUUAUCUCAAUUGGAUGUGCAGUUACAAGCACAAGACUCGGUUGAUCGAUCUGAUUUGCUUGCGUUGCGCCAAGAUUUGGUUGAACUAAUCGCACUUCAGGAGGAGCAGUUCCUCGCUGAGCGUAAAGGAGAACUUUUAAGAGAUGUGCAGAAACAACUGUUUGGCACAUGUUCAGAAGGUGCUUCAUCGAGCAACUCAUCCGAAAAAGCCAGCGUGGUUCCUACAACAGUCACUGAUGAGCUAAAGCAGAUACUUAUUGGACAACGAUGUAGCAUCGGUGGAUGGACAGCAAAUGGACGAUUUGUCCGUCAGAAUGCAGUGAUUUGUGAUAUAGUGGACGAGGCAUCCGACCCGAAGGCUCAGAUUGCAUCUUCUUCGGAGGUGAUGUCUGGUCGUGUGCGUGUUUUCCUUACCCACCCGACACGAACCACAGAUUUACCUUGUGCACAGUUCAUGACUGACGGGUUUUGUCGUCGUGGAAUUCGCUGUCCGUGGUCUCAUGGAAAGAUAGUCAGUUCCGAGGAUAUUGAAGAGUGGGAUGAACUGGAUCCGAGCCUGUACUUGAACGAAGGUCAACCUUGUCUUGUUAAAGAACAACCUCAUUCCACGCGCCCUUCGAUUUGGAGGCAUGCCCAUCUGCUUCACACCGAUCUGGAGUCGGAAAAUUGUGUCAUUCAGUGGGGUCAUAAAUACGUUCCACAAUCAUCUAAGGAGAUGAACAAAAGCGGUUGCCCCCGCUCCGGCCUGGUUCGACGGGACAGUUACGACCACCUGGAGGAUGCUGUAGCCAGUGUUCCUUUGCAUGCCGUUUGGCCUUUGUCUGCAGAUUCUCAAGUAGAGAAUAGAGAGCAGUCGUUAAUGGGAGAUGAAAUUGUUUCGACCGAUUCCGAUGUGUCUUCCAGUGAUGAGUCAGAUAAUGGGGAUGGAAACGAGUCCACGAGUCCAGUCCGUUCAGUUAUAUCCGAGCAGAUAAGCAAAGCUAAAGAAGGCCAACUACUUUCCAGUAUUCUCCCACAAAAGUCGUUUUGUGUUGUCCAGUCUGGUCAUGCUAUCUGGAUAAAUGAAUCGCGAGUCAAGAACAGUGCCGUGGUUAGUCAUGCUCAUCGAAGUUCGAAAGUUAUCUUUGUUUCGGGUGGUGUGCUUUCUCCGGAGGAUGUUUUACGAGCCAGACCUUAUUCCGACCCAAUCCAGUUGUCCGAAUCAGACCAAACGAAGUAUGUCAGCCAACUGGGUAUGUGGGAAACACAUACCAGAGGAAUCGGUUCUCGCCUGUUGGCCAAAAUGGGCUAUAGCGGUAAAGGUGGUCUCGGUUCCGGCGGUUCAGGUCGUCCAUUCCCCGUCGCGCUGCUCCUCGAGAAGUUCCAAAUCCUCCCGCAGGGCUGGAACACUCGUCCAUCAUUAGAUCGGCUACUUCGAACGGCUGAAUGUCCAAAGCAACGCAAACGUGUCCACAGACUUGACCCUGACAUGAACACGUCAACUAAACAAAAAGAUCCAGCGUGGCAGCCUUAUUUGUUUCAAUUCCUGAACAAUGCACUGCAGCGCUCAGACGUUGAAGUUUCCGAAUCCGAUACUACGGCAUCUGGCAGUCAAACUAAACCCCAAACCUCAUCAAAAUUGGUUAGAGACGAACCCGUGGAUCCGUCCAGUGGAGAAUUUCGGGUUCAGCUUUUCCGAACACACGAAGAUAUAAACCGAAUAAAACACCAGAUACGUCGCGCACGUGAGUCGAUCGAGCGAAAUCGAGGUCACGACCGAGUUAUUGUCAAGCAGGCCGAGGAACGCUUGUCUGUAUUGCAAACCCAACUGGAUAGACUUCGUGCUCGCGAACAGAAUUUGCAGCAGUGUAAAGAAAAGCAGACUACCGAAAAGAAACUGCGCAUUUUCUAG